AGAGCAUAUCUGCACUGCGAGGACCGAAACUUCCACUACUAAUUUUGAAGCAUCUAACAGGAAGAGGUAGGUUCACGGUUUAAGGUUAAGCUAAACUCCACCACAUUGUAAUUCUUUGACCGCCUUUUCAAACGAAUGGAAACUUUUCCCUAUUAAAUUUGUUGGCUUACACCUGUUACCCUCUAGCUAAUCGCUUUGUUACGCAUACGCGUCCUGAAAAGUUAAACCAACCACCUUUUCCUCUUUUCCUUUUUAUUGACAAAACAAAACUAUGUAAGUAGCUAAGCAAUUUCAAGGGUAAACUAAACCUCAGGUAUUCCACGUAAUGGUCAGUUUUAUCCGUUGUUUUACAUGUCAUCAUGUAAUUACACAGGUCUGUAUUUCUCGUUUUUUUGUUUGUUUGUUUGUUUGUUUGUUUUUUUCAGUAAUAUGUAUACGUUUCUCUGCCGUGUAAUAACGCAUUACAUAAUUUAAAAAAAGAAGUACAUAGUCGAACUUCAAUUCUGAUUAGACCGUCGCCCUCGGGAAACGAGGCUGGGAUGGACAAAAUGGAGUGAUUUGUAUGAAAUCGUCCCUGACCCGAGCCUUGUCCUCACAUCUUUAUUUUUGCUCACUGGAGCGUUCUUUUAAAAAAAGGACAUGAACAAGAACAAGAAAGAAAAUGAUUUAUUAACUGCAAACAUGCACUGUAAGACGAUACAUGUACUAACAUAAGACUGACAAGUUCUCAACUUAAUUCGACUUGUAAUUCCGUGUAAACAUAAAACGCCCUCCCGUCUGUUUAAAGAAUUGUCUAAGCCAGGAAGAAUUUUAUAUCUUACUACAAAUGAUACGUUCCGCAUUUUUAGUUAGCUCGAAUCUUUCACAUUUUAAAAUCGAAAAGCAAUGCGGCGAAGGUUUUGCAGUUACUGCCAUAACCAGAAGCCUAACACAGAUUUAAAUAAAGUCAAAUUAAGUGAAUAAUUUUUGGUAGAAGAAAAAGACAUUAUAAAAACAACAACAACUACAAAAUAUAACGUGUGGAAUGUGUGUCAGUUAUGCCUGGAUUGUAGUUAAAUCAUAUUUCUUUGUUAUUUCUGACAAUUUUAUUAUAAUUUUUUUCCAAAUUAAUGCUCCCAUAUCUGUUAUCUGCCCUUCAACUUUACCUUGUCUACGAUUCUUGAUAAGUAUGCUCCUCUUAAAUAUCAAGUCAAUAACAACUGGUCCACGUGUUCUAUGGUUUAGAGACAGCAUUAAAGCUACAAAGUGCCAUAAACGGUCUGCCGAACAUACUUGGAGGCGUACUUCCUGCCGACUUCAAUUUAUUCAAAGUCAGUAGGAAUCGACUAAGUUUUCUGAUGAAAAAAUCCCGACAGGAGUUUCAUUUUAUCAGUGAAAACAGCGCCAAUCAGCAGAAUAUGUUCACAAUUAGUAAAAAGCUGUUGAACAUGUAAGAAGUUAAUGAUAACUUGUUCCUUAAACUUCCAAACUCUUAACGACGAAAGAAUAAAUUUGUUUGUCUUAUUUUUUCAGUUUGUCUUUAAACCAUGAAGUACUCUCUGUUCGCCCUGUUGGUACUUGUAAUUUCUUUGACUCAUGCAAAAUUAACUGGUAGGUACAUAAUUGAAUUUUCCCGAGGGACACUUUCAUGUUAGAGGGGAGUAGGUGCCCCUAUAAAUGUGGGCGUGGACCAAGCUUUUCUUACCCAUCUAAGAUACCAUUCUUAUCCAGACAGUUAAACAGGAGCCAGAAUAAAUUGAAUACGAUAAAAUUGUCCACUUCUGCUUCUUUAUUUCUACAAGCACAAUCUUACGCGAUAGCUAUCGACAUAAUAUUUUGUCUUUCCACCCUAAAGACCCAAAGAGAUAUACCAACUUUACACACAGAAAUGAGAACAAGGGGCGUAGCUACCAGUACGCACGGUACGCACGCGCAUCCCUGAAAAAGUCGAAGGUAAAAAAUAAAAAUAAAAGAGAAUAUAGAAAAGCAAAUAUGUAAAAGAUUAUUAUGAAAAAAGCACAGUUUCACUCAAUUUAUUCACUCUCAAUCGUAAACAGCGCGUAGAUAGCAAGGUUGCGUGGUAUAAAGUGUGAAAUCGUUGUCUUCACUUCGGCCUGUCUUCGCAGUGGACUUAACACGGCAAAAUUAAGAAAACGUCAAAUACAGGCGUUCAUAUCCAACGUGGUAAUAAUGAAUGAAAAAUGAAUGAUUGAGAUACUAGCUUGUAAGAUGAAUCAAUGAUGAAUGAUUGUGGUUUUUCAGUCGAUGAUCCAAAAAAAGGCAUCAUUUCAUCACUUCAUAUACAGUAAAAAACGCUUAAAACGAAACCUCACCUUUAAUCAAGGAACCAGAAAAAUAUUUGGGGCUUUAAGGAGUUUGGGGGAGAGGUUUUGGAAAUUUGUGGGUACCUCUGGAAAAAUCCUGGCUACGCCCCUUAAAAACCGUGCCUGCUCGCUCCACCCCCCCCCCGGGGGGGCUCCGCCCCGAGGUCCAACCCCUUACCCUUUUAUAUACCAUAUUUGACAGAAAAGAGACCCCUUUCGUAUACCUUCCAUUGACAAUGGCGCUCAUUUUACUGACAUAGUUUAUAACUUUGCAUCCCUCUUAACUGCUAUAAAUGUGCUGCCUUUUAACCCAUUCCCCCCUGAACCGCCCGUAACCGCCCGUGCGGAUCCAGGUCCUUUCUACCCUUUGUGACGUCAUCAGUUUUAACGGUCAAGGACAACUUUCUUCGCUAACUUGUGCAGAGUGAAGAGAUCUUUCAAACCAUACCAGAAUGAGCACAAUUCAGUCAAGGACACCAGAGAAAGAAGCAAAAAACCACGUGACAAGGACCUGAAAAUCUCCAUGAAAAUCUUGUUCCACUACCCACCUACCUUUCCUUUCACCUAAUCCUAUGAUCCUAAAAGCUUUCCUAAAAACUCUUCCCACCAAAAUGAAGCCUACUAAAUGUCCAGCAAGAGAAAAAAAAAUGAGGCAAGAAAAGCGAAAAAAGAAGGGAGGAGAGAAAGCGAAAAGUAAAAGUCAAGACUGCUGUGUCACUUUUAAACCCAAAAACUGUCGAAAUUUUGCUUUCUGCGCAUGCCCGAACUUCGCAAGCUGAUAUUUUGCAUCUGGAUCAGAAGGCCGCCAAGUGUACAACCUGUAAACCGGUUUGUGGUAAGUUUUAGCUCUUUAUAGCACGACAGUGACCAGAAAACCACUCGACUAGCCUCAAAACGCGUUUUUGGGCAAAAUCUCCAGGAGCGAAUGGGUUAAAUAUGAAAAAAUCACAAAACCAGAAAAUUUUGUCGACAUCUUCACAACCAUACAAUCCUUCUGUAGCCCUUUUAGGUCAUAGUAAAGAAUGAAAUGACAGAUUUCCCUUCCCUUUCCUAUGGCUGAGACCUGACAAAGGUACCCCUCUCGGGCAGAGACUCCCCGUAUAGGCCAUUAUAGGGAGUACCCUUUGGAGCGCCCCCAACCCCCCCCCCUUCCAAAAAAUGAUAUAUGAGCUUUGAAUGAAUUACUUGGGCAAGUGGUAAGGCUACUAACAAAGCAACUCUUUUUUUAGUUUGUAUUCGUAACAGUGUAAGAUGGCAUCAGUUAAUAUGGUACUAUAUUCUUCUAACUUCAGAGUACGAUAUUAAAACCGGUACUUCAGAUGUUGUUGGAGCUGACAGUAACGCCAAUAUUUGGAUCAUAAUACGUGGCGUGAAGGGCGUCACCAGGAAAAUACUCUUGGAUAACCCUGGGAAAGAUGACUUUCAACAAGGAGGGUAAGUCUCGCACGUUAUUGUGACCUUUAACUCACAAUGAUCAUAUAUUCGGGUAAUAAAGGUAUGGUAUGAAACUCGAAUGAGUAAACAGGGCACAGGGAUAGCUGACCAGCGCGUGCCCAGCAGAAUAAUCACAGAUAGAAUUGCGAAACACAUUUCGACUCUCUUCCCCUUCUCGUUUUCAAAGUGGUAUAAUUUCAAAACCAAAGAUCACUAAAGUGGAGAGUGACAUAUCGGAUAGGUGUUCAUCAUGUACUGGGUAGCUUUUCGCGUUGGCCCGAAAAGCUAUAGUGUAGGGUAUGUACAGAAGACAAUUUUUCCUCUAGGCUGAUCGAUCAUCAACUGUCCUAUACAAGAACAGGGUUGCCUAAAAGCAAAAAAACAAACGCUAUAUCCUUUGGAAUUUGCAAACCAAUACCCACAGUAUUUAUAACAAUCUCUUUUAUGAAUAGGGUGAGAGAGAAAUAAUGAGAAAAGAUCGCACAUUUUCUUAUCUAAUAUGAAUCAUUGACUUAAUUACAGAUACGCACGUGCGCGCAGACACACCCUGAAUUUUCUUUAACCCUUUAAGCACCAAUAUCCACUUAUAAAUUCUUCAUACUGAUCUUCAUACUUUUCUUUAAAGAAUUAGUUAAGAGGGUUUGUUAACAGAUCAAAGCAUUUUCUCUUUAGUGAUCAUUUUAUUGCCUCUCAUAAUCAUUUCUCUUAGUAACAUAUGGAUAUUGUCAGGAGAAAAUUGAUGUUGGUCACUGUCGAGACUUAAGGGGUUAACUGCUUAGUUGAUCAUACCAAAGUUUUGUUUUUCCCGAUCCCACCGAAGAAGCACCACAGUUUAAUCUAACCACAAUUUCUUCUUUGACUGAUUCCUUCACUAAUUGAACUGAAGUCUACUGAGCAAUUUUCCUCAAGAGGCCAGAAUAAAUGCAGAUUUAUUCGGACAGAAGACGCUCUUACGUAGCAAAAAAGUUCAACUUCCACGGGAUUGGCCCUGUACACUAACAUGGCCGCUAUUUCAUUGUUUCGAAAAACCAAUAUGGUCGCUGUAACUUCGUCUUUAAACGCUGUCCAGGCUAGUUUUCAUAUGAUUGUCUGCAACUUUUCAAUUGUCCCUGCCAGAGAACAUCUAGCUAUAGGUGAUGGAAACGAAUACGAAGAUUUGAUGGAAACUUAGUCGGAAAUGUCUGCCGUCUCCACCCCCUACCUCGUGGGGGCGCGGGAAUAGAGACAGGGGUGGAGGGGACUGUGGACGGCCUACAUUUCAGACACGGCAGCCAGGCUAAUAAUAACCUUACGAUAUCCUGGUUUAAAUUGAUAAAUUUGUAAAUUUCAAUUCUUUUCAAAUUUCCCUGUAGUGUAGACGACUUUAAAGUCUAUGCCAAAGAUGUUGGAACAGUGCUCGGAUUUGAAGUUAUGCGUGAUGACACGGUAUCCAAUGGCGUGUCUGCUGCAUGGGGCUUUGAUUCCGUAAGUGAUUACAUUCAAACCAUGGUCACCCUUGGGAAAUGGCCAACUGAUACUGAUUGACAUGUUUAAUGAAGGUUCCGGGGGGUGCGUGUUCUUGAAACAAAUUAAGCCGAGUGGCUCUGGGGACGAGAAUGCGUGUAUCUCGGAUAACAACAAACCAAAUGCGCGUGCUUUCGUUCGUGCAUGCGAAAAAUGAUUCUGGAUAUUAUUUCUCUAUAUAUAAAAUGAUAUUGUGUUUUCUCUGACGCUCACCUGCAAUGAAGCACAGUUUAAAAAUUAAGCUUCAAAAGUUGGUUAGUUACACGUAUUCACUUAUAGUCUGCUUUGUUCCAGAUUGGUGUGAAGCCCGCGUGGGACGACAAGUAUUUAACGUUUUAUUAUAACAAUUAUUUACCGGCUUAUACGUGGAUCAAGUUCCCCAGUAAGUAAUUAAAUACCGUAUUUAUUCGAUUAACCGCCCUGGGCGCUUAUUAAAUUUUUGGACCUUGAGAGUGGGCGCUUAUUCGAGGCUGGGUGCUUAUUCGAGGCUGGGGGCUUAUUAAUUUUUCACCAUUUUCAACAAGUGUAGUAUGUAUAAUUUGCAACAAAACAGUAAAUGGUAAUAACAAAACGCGAAGAUGUAACAAUGCAAUGUUUCUGCAAAACAUUCUGAAGAAAACUCCGUCUUCGGGAAAGUCUCUUGUUAGUACUUGUUCCUCUUUUGGGGGUGGUAGGGGGAAGGGGGUGGGCGCUUAUGUACGUUUUAGUGGGAGUGGGAGGGUGGUGGGGUGGGGGCGGGCGUUUAUUCGAGGCUGGGCGCUUAUUAAGUUUUUCUACCUUCAGGAUGGGCGCUUAUUCGAGGUGGGCGCUAAUUCGAGGUUGGGGGCUUGUUCGAAUAAAUACGGUAUGAAAAAAAGUUGUUCAGCCAAAAGUUCGAAAAAAGCCACCAGUACCCAACUCAAGCUUUAUUAUUCAAUAAUUAAUUUCUUUGACUUGUUAAAAGUCAAACUGAGCAGCCCUCUUCGAGAUGCCAAAAAUAAGAAGAAAAAUUCAAGAUUACUUUUUCCCCCAAAGUUAUAGUCUCCUACAAAGUCGUUUUUGACGAGACAAAACGGCUGCGAAGUAGGCUAAAUACGUUAUGAUGACAGCAGCAGGGUGCACCUACAAAGAUUUUUUUUCCAUAUGAAGUAUUAUAGCUCUUUUUGCCUACCUGUCUUAGCAAGAUAUCUUUUAAUAAGUGGUCAAAUAACGCUUAAUCUUCGCCCAGUUUGGUCUUCUUUGUGGGUUUUAAAUUUCUUAUUUUCACGUGUUUUAGCCGGGUAUUACCAAGGCGAAUACUGUCGAGGUAAACUUAUCACAGAAUUAUUUCUUCUCAGGAGCAACGUGUUUGGGAACAAAUGAGGGUUGCUAUAAAGAAGCGGCUGCCUGCCCAGCGGGUACAAAGAAGAAUCUUAGGAAG